AUGGAGCUGAUCCCAACCCAACCAAUCAGCCAUGGAGCUACGUCACUCACCGUGGAAGUCGAAAAAAGGUGUCCUCUGGCAACGGGGGUCUCCAUGGAGAUUUUUCAGCCCGGAACUGACACAGACCAGAAACAGCUUUGCCGCCCUGGAUCCAGAGGUUCCGGCGCCUUCGUCCGUGGUGGCUUCCCAAUCAAGAUUGGAUCCGGAGGUACCUGCGUCUUCGUCCACGGCUCUGUCUCCCUCUCCGGUGGCUUCUACCUCGGGUUCAGAUCCUCGGAGCUCCCAGCCUCACCAGACCAUGAGGCUGCCAGAGAGACCGGCCCAUUCAACAUGACCAGCUAUCAUCAUAGGCAGCUCCAUGUUACACCGAUCCAUUUGGCAUCCAGGUCCAAUACCAAGACUGUGCUGGACAUCGACAAUGCCAAGCUUGCUGCUGAGGACUUCAAGAUGAAGUAUGCGAAAGAGCAGGCCAUGAGGAUGGCAGUGGAGGCAGACAUCAGUGGUCUGAGGAGGGUCCUGGGUGACAUGAACCUGGGCCGCUCUGACCUGGAGUUGCAUUACGAGGGUCUGAAGGACGAGCUCAUCAUGCUCAAGAGGAACCACCAGGAGAUUGCCCUGGUGAAGACCCACGUGGGCAGCCAGGUGAAUGUAUCAGUGGAUGCUGCCCCAUCCCAGGACCUGAACGCAGCGAUGACCGAGAUUAGGAAGCACUUCGAGUCUGUGGUCAUCAAUAACCACAAAGAGCUAGAAGCCUGCUACCAGGGAAAGCUGGCCAUAGUGGAGAUUGAAGUCGUGACAAACAAUGAGCAGCUGGUGAGCUGCCUCACAGAGUCCGAAGGACACACACACACACACACACACACACACACACACACACACACACACACACACAAGAAAUCGUCCCUGGAGGGCACCCUGGCAGACACCCAGAAGCGCUACUCUGCUCAGCUGGCAGGGCUCCAGAGCAUGGUGACUAGCCUGGAGCUCCAGCUCUCCCAGCUCCACACCAACAUCGCACACAACAAGCAGGAGUACGACAUGUUGCUGAACCUCAAGACCCGCCUGGAGCUGGAGAUUGCAGAGUACAGGAGGCUGCUGCACGGAGAGGACGACAGCUCCACCCAAGUGGUUACCAAGACAAUCACCGUGACCCAGACCAUUGUGGAUGGAAACAGAACCAUCAAUAAAGAUUAUGUGGUUGAGUGAGAAUGCGUUUCACUUGUUU